CUUAUUGGGAAAUUUUCGAAAAUUCAGGACCGAAAAAGUUGUAGGUCGGAGUCAGGAUUUGAACCUGCGAUCUCCGGAUUGAAAGUCGGACAUCAGAUCCACUCCGCCACCACCGCUUAUCAUAUCACAUAUCAGUAGUUUAUGAGGAAUGCAACAAAGAAACAAAUCGGGAGGGUCAUAAAGUUUUCUCUAAAAGAAAUCCUCUUUGACAUUUAUGUACCUACCUAUCAAGAUUUUUUUUAAAUAUUAAUACAAUUUAAUUUUAUUACUUCUUAGACUUAUAUGGUUUCUUUUUUACAGGUACUGAACCGUUUGGAUUGCUGAUUGCCUGACUCCGAACAAUAAACGCACAGAUGCACGCCGUGGGCCUCCACUCCGCGCUCGCCAUCCGCCGCGAGCGCAAGCGCCGCGCCGAGCAGCAGCGCGCCAAGGAGCGUCGCUACUCCCUGCAGUCCACCGAGUCCGGCAUCACUUCCCCGCACUGCUCCACGGGCAGCCUCGAACGACGCCGCUUCAAGAACACCCGCACCAGCGAAAAUGAGGUCGUCUCCUCCGUGGGCAUGCUCCAUCUCGGAGUCGUGUUCCUCGUGCUCGCCUUUUUCCUCAUCGGCUCAGGUUUACUUCCCGAUGACGUAACAUCCUGGAGCACUAUCGGCUCCGGCAACUGGUUUAACGAGCUAGUUUGGUCUGGAUUGUUCGCGCUCGGUAUAGGAAUAUUCCUGAUCGUGCUGCACAAAUAUUUGACUAAGAGCGAGGAGCAGGCGCUUGAGGAGUACGUACAGCGCCAGCUGACGCGAUCUCGAUCAGGUCACCGGCUAGAGAGAGAUACGGAGACAGGAGAUCAUACGACGAAACACGCGAGGCGAGCGCGUGCCGCCGAAGCCCUCCCUGAAACCAUUACAGAGACCUACACCGAGCCACCGCCGGAUCGAGCGCACGGCUUCGUCAACGCACUAGCCCUCAACGGCGACGCACUCCGAGAGUCCCCACUCGAGCAGAUAGUAGAGGAGGAAUGCUCUCUGGCCUCGGAGAGCGAAAAGCGACUGGGCAAGUUUAACCGCGACACGUACUCGACGCCGUCGGUGGCGCCGAGUCUCAGCCCUGGCUCGCCCUCCGACACUCGCGAGCUGCUGUCCGACGGCCGGUACAUGAUCAUGUCGCGGAUGUGAAUGACCAGAUCUUCUGGGCUCUUUCGCAUUCUUAGUGCCACUUGAUUGUACCCUGACAAUUUACUUUGGUCCUUAAACUGGGUUUCAGUGAGCCGCUCGAUUCCUACUUUAAUCCGAUGACUUUUGAGGCGGGGCGCCGGUAGUGCGUUUAUCGACGUCUUCUGCGACGCCCGCACCCCAAACUGUGUAUGCUUCGGCGCUUGCGGCAGACUAUCAGUGGCGUUACUUAGAUCAACAGCUUCUCUAUUUUAUAUUUUAACAGACGGACCAACUCUCGGUAGAUUUUAGUGUUAAGUCGUAACGCGUUAUCCCCUUUUUUUAUUGCAGUUGGAAACUGAAAAAAACGGUCGGAUACUAUGGGAGAAAACGAUCGUUAAGUCGAAUUGCAGUUCGAAGAGGUGAUAACGUAUUGUAUAUUUUAUCAAUUAUCUAUGGGAAUCCGUAUGUAUUGGCUUGAGACUGAUUGUUAAUAUACUGUACUUAUACCUGACGGUUUUAUACGAUAUUAAUUACUGUUUAUUUGCCUAUUACUUCACUGUUUACACAAAAUACUUUGUAUUCUUGAUAUUGUAUAGUUCUAUUGUCAACUAGUUUCACUUGAUCCGAGUGAGUGGUUUUAACGGCAAGGACCGUGAUUAACGAUCAUGUUUAGUGAUUACAAUUUUAACCCUUUUUUAAUUAUCUUUAUUGAGAAGAAAAGAAAAUUUACUUUUUAACUGGAAUGGAGUUUGAAAUAAUAACAGCCCGUUUUUGAAUUUCAUACAGACUUCGUAUCAAGUGCCAAAAUAUUUAGGGCAUUUUUUUCUAUAUGCAAUUAAAAUAUUCACAGCAGUUUUAACAGAUGUAGUUGAUUUACUGUGAUUCACUCUGCAUGUAUAAGGUUGUAAUUUGUAAUGAAUUUAGUUAAUAUCCUGCAUUUUAAUAUACAUUUAGUUUGGUUGUGGCUGUGACAUGGAGCGACUGCGAGCGACGAACUAGCGAGUCGUCGAUAUCUAAACCUUAGCCUUUUGCGAAAAAGGACGCAAGUUUAGUUGUAUCUUUUUUCGUGGAAGGUUAAUAUAUGUAUUGAUAUAUAUAGUGAACAUUGAUAUUAAUUAUAAGCUUAAGGACACGAGCUUAGCUUCACCAUGCUCAAACUUUAAACAUUAUACUUAGUUGUUUUGUAACUUUCCCUCUCCUAGUAUUUUCUAUGUCCUUUUCAAUCUUCGCAAAGGUCGAUGUGAUAAUUUUUUAACGUAAAAUCCCAACGCAUCAUUGAGUUGUGAAUGUAACACCAAAUUGAAAAAAAUAUCACAUUUACCACGUAUAGUUUUUGGAUCAUAGCUCUAAACUAAUGUAAGUGCUGUCUAUAGCAUUGCCUUAUUACGAACUGUCUCACCAGGUGUGUGUAAUGUUAUUAUGUAUGAGCACAAUUUAACUACUAAAUAACUAAUAGCUGUAAUGUACUGUGAGAGAAAAAUAUCAAAAUAUGACACAAUGCGAGUGACUCGAUAUAAGCGCGUGUUUUUUGGUAUUUUCCUAUCACGUUAUCUAAGUUAGGUUCAUUUCAAAUUGGUCCUUCCAUGAAUGUUACGUUGAUUUAUCCUCAAAUAUUAUUAAGGUUUAACCAAAAUAAUUAAAAUACGGCCUGUCGCUUUGUUUCAGAAACAGUUAUAUAGCUAUGGUUCGUCAAGUAACUAUUUUCCAGCCAAGUAGAAUUUUAUUCUUAUCUAACGCGGUGUAAAUCUUGCUUGCGUUGGCACUUUCCAUGUGUUUUGUGUACCGUGUUUUAAAUCUAAUUAAUUUGUUCAUCCGAUCUUAUCCUUCUUUAAUCUUCGCACUACACUUAACUUUAUUUAUUCUCGUAAUGCUCAAUGUGCAUUACAAUGUAAACUUUGUUUCAAUCUAAUUAGAAUCUUUUAUACACCAAAUAAAGUAGCAUUGCUUUUUCAAACAAACUAGAUUCCUCCCAAUUUACUACCUACACAACAAUGUUCAAAUUAAAAAUAGGAAAAUUUUGUAAGAUCUUACGAGGUUAUUUUCUCUUUUCUUAAUACUAUAAUAACCAUUAUUUUUGAUAAUAUCCAACACAAGAGUAACGAUGUGCUCAGAAAUAAAGGAAAAGUGGAAAACUGACUGUUUCGGGCGAAACUCUUACUCGCGACUCCAUAUCCUUCAUAUGCACCUUAGGGAGGAAACUAGCGACAUCUACCGAAAGAGAAUUACACUUCUUAUACCAUAUGCUUAUAAAUAAUGAAAUGAUCAAAAUUCGAAGGACCAAUUCGUGUGAGGCCUAAGAUUAUUGUCAUAUCUGUCGAGAUGUCUAGUCUCAGCUAGCUUGUGUGACGUUUAUACUGAAAUACAGGGUGCCUAGCCAAGUUACCAAUCGUUCAUAACGUAGCAAACGUUACGUUAAUGUCUCUCUGCCGCACUGAUAUGUAAGAGUGAUAGAGAGAUAUUACUGUUUCGUUGGCUCAAACAAUUGGUAUCUAGGAUAGGCCCUCAAAACACGUUCAAACUACGAAUAAGCAAUAAGCCGAGAUUCCCCUUUUAAAUUUAAUUUUACUAUUAAAACAUUCCAUUUUUAAUAGUUAUAAACGGUAACGAGUAUUUAAAGAGUGUUGCGCCUCGACUGAAACGGUAGGUAAACAAAAUUACUAGAAAUUUUAAUUUUGAUGGUCGAUCAUAUUGGGCUAGAUCAACUUCGCAGUUUUUUUAAUUAAAUAAUAAGUAUAUGUCGUGAUAAAUAUGAACAUUAUUUUUCUAAGCACUUAAUUUUUUUUUUGGUUACACUAUUUUGCUUUAAAGGGGCCACGUUAUGCGAGCAUAUACAGUGCGUCAUAUUUUACUUGUACAAAUGUAAUUGUUUAUUUAAUAAUAAAUAUUUGAAUAUAAUGUUUAUUUAAAGGUGAAAUUUACAAGGUUAUUUUGAAUCGUUGCCAAGCCGCCAAACUUACAAUAUCGUAAUUUUUUCAAUGUACCUACUAUAAUUACAUAUUGUUUGUAUUAGUUUCUACUGAGAUUCAAUUCGCUAGCACAAAAAGUAAUAAUUAAUAACAUACAGAUAUCCUUUGAUCGGAAAUUUAAAAAGUCGAAGAUUUCAGAUCCUGUGAUUUAAUACGUUUGUAAUUCAUAUAUUUAUUAUUCGAGUAACUUCUAACCUCAAGUUAGGAGUAAAUGGUUUAGCAUAAAGCACAAACAAAUUUGAUCGAUCACUACUUUACUAAAUAAAUAUUAAGGCCAAUGUGGCGAAGACCGUCUAUCAGGUAAGAUUGUCUACAAGCUCUUUAGUUUCUUCUGACUCUUGCGUUUGUACACAUACUAUACUUACAGAAGGUCGGUAGAGCAGAUGUGAAGCUUUUCAUUUGGCCAAGAUGGGACACGCUGACAACACCGAUUGUCGAAUGUGUGGCGAAGAGGAUGAGACUAAAACACCUAAUGUGUGAAUGUCACUCCCUCGCCAGACAAAGACUGAAGGACUUGGAGCAGGCAGGCUACCUGGAAUCAAAGGAAUUCAAACGCCCAUGUGCUCCAUCAUCCCUUAAACUUCAAAUUUGAUUAAUUGAAAUAUAAUCAAAAUUCCAAUAUAUCAAAAACGACAUAUACCAAAUGAAGAGUCAUCCGGUAUAUGGAGAUGGUCGAAAAAGAUCUUGAGUAGUUGACAGAUUUAAGGAUGUAAUUGCACAGAAGAUCCCUAUGAGUCGAAGGGAAAGGGCUCUCGAAAUAAUAAAAUAAGAAGCUCUUCUUUUCUGACUAUAUCUGAGCGAUGGGACGUAGGUACGAGCUUGUCCUAUGAUGGUCUUCCUGUCAAUAAAUUGUAUACAAAUACAGAUACAGAAUUUUGUUGGUAAAGUAAUGGUACAUUUUACAAAUAAAAAUUAUAGAUUCAAUAAAACAAAUCAAUAAUAGGAAACAAUAAUAAUGAUUCGUUUCACACGGUGUUGGGUCAAUGAUCUUUGGUUGAGUUUAGGUUUAAAGAACUUUAUUUCUCAAAGAAAUUUACAUUUUACUUAAUGAGAAAAUUACAUAGAAUAGGAGUACUUUAUACACAUAAACUCAUCAAUGAGUAACUUGCGUGUUCAAUGAGCAAUAAUUUAAGUUUUUUUUAAGUUGAGUCAGUUUUCGAGUCCUUUUAAUGUAGAUGGAAGUGAAUUAUACAGUUUUGGUCCGAUCACACUAAGCCGGUCUUUUCCACAUUGGCCUUGCAUUUAAAUACCAUUUUGAACUGACACAGAGAGAUUGCUAAUAUAUGCGGUUUAGUGUAGACCUUUUCUUUGGUAAAAUUUCUACUGAUACUGUCCAGUGUUUACCGUGUCGCCUUUUAAAUAUCUGAAAAUAAUAAAUAUAAUUUUAAGUUAAAGAAUGAUUAGGCCCGAUGAUGGUGUUUUAAAAAACAAUUUAUAUCGAACACGCUUUAUAUAGUUUUUUAGGAUGACUCACGCUAGCACGGUCCGGGUCCGGGCCGAGGUUUCCGACACUUUUUCUGUGUGUGUGUAUAGCUUCAUUUUCAAAAUCAAAGAUCAUGAUUAUUUUCGUGAAAUUGUAUUAAAAGUCCACGAUAAACACAGACAAAAUUUUAGUAAAUUAAUGUCAAUCCAAUUGCACAUAAUAAUUAUAUUGUAAUAGCGAAAUAUUAUAGAGAUUGCACACAUUGAUAAUGAAAUUUCUUGUGCCUACACUACUUUUAUACUUAGGUAUUUUAUUAGGAUAAUUCAAUUUAAUAUAUUUGCUAUUUAAGUAGUCACUUGUACAUAUUUCAUUCGUAUUCAGCGUAAUCGAUUUAAUAUUCAAGUCAACAAAUAUUUCAUCCCAUUCAGGAGAAGCAAUAAAUAAUAUUUACAAUUUAUUAUCCAAAAUAAAUAAAAAGAAUCAGAUAUUAAGAAUCAAUCAAACUAGAUUAACAGAAUUUAGAGUGCUACCACACAAAUAGAUCGAUCGGUGAUUAAUCUAUCAAUUAACGCGAAUCAAUCAUCGAUUGGUUUUGGUUUUAUAACGCUUAUACAAACAAUACACAAUCACUCAACGAUCGAGUCGGCGUGGUUAACUUUUAAACAUCAUCUGAAAUAUAUUUCAACGUUUCAUGCACAAGAGGAAAAUUUAAACAAACAUAACCCAGUCUCAUUCAUGUAUAUUCUUCUGGAUAAAGUUUGUUUCAUAAUAUCGCGAGCAGAAAUACGCAACAACUUGUAGCCUACUUCGCUACGUCAGCAGCACAUUUAUUUCUACCAAUGCAUUUAUACUCGUAAAGUCUCAGAAAACAUUUGUCCGUCUCGGUGCAUUCAGCAAAAUCGCAUAAAACUCGCUCUUUCAACCGAGUCGCAUGAAACUCGAGAUGAAUGCAGAGAAGAUGCACUUAAGUAUUGUAGGGGACGCAAAUGAAUGCAAAGGCUUCAUUACGACGCUGCCUGCACGUAACGCGUAGUACCUACAUAAAAAGCGACACGAUUAAGGGAAAGAAUUAAAAAAAUCUUCUACGAAAGUUUGUACCAAUGUAUGAAAGCUUUUUUCGGUACCUAAGUAAGAUGAACGUAAAACGUUUAUUUCUAUUUAGUCGGCAGCGUAUAUUAUUCUUCAUUUUCCUGCACCAUAUAUCAUGGAAUUUGGAUUUAUCUUUUAAAUUAUUUUUCAUGAGUGUUUUAUGUGUCGAGUUUUACAAAUUCUACUAUUUUAAUAUGUAACUAAUAAAAAUGUAGAAAAAUGAAAUUUAAGUUAUCAUUACAAUUAUACAGCAGGAAUUGCUCGAAGUAGGUAAUUAUGCCGGUUAUCAUGACGCUGGCAGAAAUAAAUGUGCUAAAAAGUAAACAAAAGUGAUGUCCCAAUUUUAUACAAACUAGGUGUUUUAUUAUAUUAUGUAAUAGUAUGUGGUUUGGUGUAUCGCUCAACAUGUUCGGUGUAUUUAUUUGUUUCGGUGUCGUGAUAUUUAUAAACGCUUUUGCGCUAUUUUACAAGCUCUUUACAUGAUUGUAUAUUCGCACAUUGUAAUGUUUGUUGAGGUGUAAAAGAAACUAUAGUUGUUUGCUUCCAUAUAUGUCGUUAGAGAACGGUGUUACCACACUAACGUAUCGGGUGUCAGGGCUACAACCGCGAAAAUCAAAGUUCGCAAAUUGCGGACAUCUUUCUAUGUCACUCUAAUUACCCCUUCAUUGGAGUAAAAGAGAAAGAUCCCCGCAAUUUGAGAAUUUCGGUUUUCACUGUAGGCCCCAUGUAGUUCUGCUUCGAUCGUCGAUUGUCCGAUGCACCGAUCGACAUUGGAUCUAAGCUAAGUUGCUAACGCACGCCAUCUUUGAAACGUAAUGUGAACUUGUUUCUUUUUACGUCUCAACGUAAAGUAACGAAAUGAAAAUAUUGUAAGUGUCAUGUGCAUAAAUUACUCGUAAUUUUUUACAAGUCUAACGCUUGCAUAAAAACGAAUGAGACAGAAAAUGAAACAGACAUUUAGGUCUGUUAUAAGUUGCGAAACAUCAACAUGUCCAUAAAAACGUUAACUAACUCAAAAGAUUUUUCACUUUAUCAAUAUUACUACAUAAUCUAUAAUUCCUAUAUCAGUAUUUUUAUGCAUGCGACAUGGGAAUAUAGCCCAUCUUUUUCUAAACAGUGAUACUAAUAUAAACUAAGCACAAAUAAUAGUGAACUUGUAUAAAACACGUAAAUCCCUACAGUAUUCUAGCGAUCUAAAAAUAAGGGAACGUCGUUUAAUAUUACCAUUGAAAGCUACCGUCAAAUCGAGAAAGUGACGUUUCGAUAAAAACUAAUCUAACAUUGUUUAAAAACUGCCACUCGUCUGUAAAUAAUAAAAACUUAACGUAAUUUAAACUCUAGUCAAAUCUUCUAUUCUUAAGUUACGUGCUUUCUCCAUUUGGCGCGCGUCACGCGUCACCCACCAAAAGCGUUUUGUUUCACUCAAUUUAUUACACUUAUUAUUAUUAAAUUACGAUUAUUAAAUAA